GACCUUCUCUUCUGUAAGCCUUUAACCCUGCAGACAGGAAGGAAAGAAAAACACAAGUUAGAGUCCAUAUGUUGAGUUCUGCCAUGGUUCAAAAACAAAACAUCCAGACAUAGUUCCCAGAGCAGAACCAUAGUCUUUGGCUAAUUAUGUGUGCUCUGGAGAGGAGAGUGAGACCUAGCCAGCAGAGUUGUUUUUAUCAGAGUGUCAUAUGAGGAGAGAAGUGAGUGACGAAGAGAGAUAGAGAGCUGAGAUGACAGCUGUCUGACGGAGAGACAGCAGGAGGAGGGAGCCCCUGUGAAACAUCACAUGUACAACACAGAGGAUGCAAAAACGCAGGAGAAACACAGAGCAACACAUCCAUCUACUAAGAAUGAGUGAAACUCCCAUACAGCUUGAGCCUCAGUUAUCAAUCCAGCCAUCAUCACAGCAAGAACCUGAGAGGGGGCUGCGGCCUCCACCUCUGUUUCAGCUGCCACUCCCCACCCAAGAUCCCCAUCAACAAAGCCAGUUCCAGCCUGAGCUGCAGCUGUCAGAGCCUAACCCCGAAAACCGGCGGCAAGCAGAGCCAGAGUGGAUAAACUGUCGAAGGCUGCUCCUCUUCUUUUAUGGGUUCUUAUUUUGUGGUUCUGUUUGGGGAUUUAUUUACCAUAUGCAUCGUAAUCUUCAAAACCGAAGCAAUAAUCACACAGACAAAGUGAUUCCAUGUCUCUCCUCGGCCUGUCAGUGGGCCUCAGCCCGUCUGUCCAUGUCUGCUGAUCCCUUCACGCAGCCUUGUGAUUACUUCUUGUUCACAUGUGGAUCUGACAGACUUUCACUGGACAGUGGGGGGAGGCAGAGAGGUCAGGGCAUCCCUGGACAUCCACAGAACCUGAAGGGAAAGGCUGUGUGGCCGGACAGCGUCAGACAGAGUACAGAGAGAGAAGACAGAGGAGUGAGAGAGGAGAAUAUGCUGGACAGAAAAACCAUGCUGCUGCAGUAUCUCAAGGAGAUUUUGGAAUCAAAUGACAGACCGGGUAGUACAGCUGUGCAGAAGGCCAGAGCAUUUUACCAUUCCUGUUUGGACACCAGAUCCAUAGAGACUGCUGGAGCAGAGCCCUUCCUCACACUCAUCCAGAAACUGGGAGGCUGGGCAGUAUCCGGCCAGUGGAAUCAGACUGAAUUCAACUCUACCCUGAGCCUGCUCAUGAGAGAUUACGCCACCUUUCCAUUCUUCAACCUCUAUGUGGGCAAAGACCCAAAUGAAAUUACCCGCAGUACAACAAAACGAUACAUACAGAUUGAUCAGCCAGAUCUGUUGAUCCCGAUUGAAUGGAACAUCAAGACAAUGAAGUCUCAAGCUAAAACUCAGACGCUACGUCCCUUCUUGGCAUCGUGUGAGGAGUACCUGGCACUAUUGGGUUCCCCGGCCAGCAGGAGCAUGAUCCACGUGGGCACGUUCAUCUCUCUGUCCUCUGAGCUCGCUGUGGCUGCAACACCUCUGCAGUAUCGCCUGUCAAAGGGGCAGCUCUAUCAGCGCAUGACAAUCAGAGAGCUACAGAGCCAGGCCCCUGCCAUUGACUGGCUGGGCUGUCUGCAGGCCGUUUUCCAUCCGCUGCCUCUUGUUGAAGAUGAUCACGUACUUCUGCAUAACUUACCCUACAUUGUGCAAAUGUCCCGCGUCAUUAGCAAAUGGCUGAACAGGCACGAGCUGAGCACCAGGUAUUGUAAGUGGCACAAAACAUCCCACAAUCAAAUAUGGAUAGAUUUUUCCUUUUUUUUUUUUUACCUUGUGCUGUCACAUUCGACUCCACUCAGCGGCCCCGUUCAUACUUUCAUGGUCCUCAAUCUGCUGCAUACCCUGAUGCCUGCUCUCGACCGCAGGUUUUCUGAAACACAGAGGAAUUUGUCUGUGGCUCUGGGCAACACUGAAGGAGUAGCCCCUCGCUGGGAACAGUGUUUGUUAGAAACCGAGAGAGGAUUUGAUUCAGUCCUUACACACCUUCUCAGUGAAAGGACAGCACACAGAGAGGCAGAGGAGAUUAUUCAAAAUAUCUUUUCCUCCUUCAAGUCCAAAUUACAUGAACUCAAGUGGACGAAUCAGACGUUUCUCCAGACUGUUAUGAAAAAGGUUCAGUCUUUAAUUCCAAGACUUUGGACUAUGAAAGAGAUCUCUAGUGAGGCUGAGCUUGACCUGCUUUUUUCCAAGGUUACUGUCGGCACACAGAGCUUCUUCUACGACUACUUACAGCUCCUGUCCUUGUGGCAAAAAAGACGCAGUAAACUCUUGACUGAGCAGACUGAGGCAGCUGAUAUUCUGGCUGCCACACCGUUCCUCCUCGGUAAUGAGCUCCUAUUUCCCAUGGGAAUGUUCGUCCCUCCUCUCUUCCAUCCCACCUAUCCAAGGGCAAUGAAUUAUGGUGUAAUAGGUUUCCUUAUAGCCAAAGAUGUCCUCCACCUGCUUCUGCCUGACAUUUACUCUCAAAGUGAGACGGUGCAUGCUGUGGGGGAAUGUGUGUGGGCUCACUACCUCACUGUGACAGAAAAAGCAGGCCGAGGUGGAGUGUUUUCUCUCUCAGUGGCACAGCAGCAGGAGGUGUGGGUGCAGUACUCUGCACUGCAGAUAGCAUUGCAGGCAUAUCGUCAGAGUCUAAAGAACCAUCCGAGUGACACCUCCAUCUCAGGACUAUCACACACUCGUCUGUUUCUCUCAUCUUUUUCUCAGGUUAACUGUGACUCAGACCCAUACCGUGAAUUCAUGCCCUUGGAGCCCUCCUUCUUGAUCACAGUGAUUUGUGCCAAAUCUGACCUGUGUCCUACAAGCCUGCAGUGCCUCAACAAAACACAGCAGCAUUCAUUACAGACCUGCUGAGUACACUCCUCUGGAGACCAGCAGGCUUUGUUUUUUAGAGUUGUUAAUUGUUAUGGAUUGUCUGGCCAAACUAUCCACUUAGUGCUGUAGAAAUUGAGCACACUGUGAAUGUUUACAAACUGUUGUUACAGGGAUAGUUUAUUAUACCAGAUGUUUAUGGUAAGAGUACUGACAGUAAGUACAGAUAAAAACACUGACAUUUUUUGUAUAAGUAGCUGUUAAGAGAUGUUUGGAUUUCCAUAGAUUGCACAAGCUGUUACAUAUGCUUGUAACUGAAAUAAACAUUUGAAAACGUUUCAUUUCA